GAUUCUCUCUGCUGUUCACAGGCAGAGCAAAAGUCUACCUCACAUUUCUCUGCGGAUCACACAGCAUUUGUGUUCACAGGUUGAACUGCAGGGCAAGGACUAACAUCAAGAGGAAACUUGCAGCUAUAACAAAUAAUCUUCGGUUUACUGCUUUUGACGAGAUAGAGUAGGAAAAUCCUUUGGCUGAAGUUGUGUAACAACUGGCCUAGAAUAGCCAAGAGACACAAACCUUAAAAUAGUUCCUAAAGAUUACCAACACCGCCAGCAAUGGGUAACAGCAAGAGUGGAGCCGUGUCCAAGGAGAUCCUCGAGGACCUGAAACUCAACACCAAGUUCUCAGAGACUGAGAUAGUCCAGUGGUAUGAAAACUUCAAGAAGCAAUGUCCAACAGGACGCAUCAGCAAACAAGAGUUUCAAAGCAUUUACAGCAAGUUCUUCCCUGAAAGUGAUGCCAAUACUUACGCCCAGCACGUCUUUCGCUCUUUUGACACUAAUGAUGAUGGUACACUAGACUUCAAGGAGUACAUUAUUGCCCUCCACAUGACAUCAACAGGCAAGACCACAAGCAAGCUGGAAUGGGCGUUCUCACUGUAUGAUGUUGACAAAAAUGGAUACAUCACCAAGUCAGAGGUCUCAGAAAUCUGCUCGGCGAUUUUUAAGCUGAUUCCAAAAGACGAAGUGGGAGACCUGCCUGAGGACGAAAACACGCCUGAGAAGAGGACAAAUAAACUUUGGGAAAUCUUCCAGAAGGGCGAGAAAGAUCGAGUCGCUGAGGGAGAGUUCAUCCAAGUGCUGUUGGAAAAUGAAGAAGCUCUUCGUUUGAUUCAGUACGAGCCUUCAAAGUAACAUUUCUCAUCUCCGACGGAUUCCUCGUUCCCUCAGUUUCUGUCAUUCUGUUAAAACGAUGACACGUUCCUGAACACAAAGUGUAUUAAUGACUCCCCAGAAUAAAUAUUAAAACAUUAUCUCCUGCUUGAUUUUUCUUAACAUGUGUUUCCCGUACGUGUGCACUGUCCGAGUCGUUUUGUAGCGUGUAAAAUAAAUGUGUUCAUUUAAAAACGCACCCAGGUCACCUGUGAUUGGAUCAUAACAAUCGAUCAAUCAAUAUUAAGAUUAAACUAUCCAUAGAUGAACUACUGUCUGAGUUUGAGCAGAAGGAAACUUUCUCUUUAUAAAUGUUACAACUUAAACACAUUAAUACAAAAAUGUGGAUGUUUUCUGCUCAAUCAAUCAGUUUUUUUGUACAGACCUCAUGAAAUAAAGUAUUCAUUCAUUCAUUCAUUCAUUCAUUUCUGACAGAGCCAGGAUUUAGUUUAGAUGCUUUAAAAAGUGAUCAUGAAGAUUUGUUCCAGCAUCAAGUGUCCCGUGUCUUAGCUUAUUUAAUGUUGUCCUGUAAAACUCCUGACCUAUAAGCACAUUGCAACUUUGAUUCAGAU